AUGAUGUCACAGUAACAGUAUGCUGUUGCUGAUGUGAAGAAAUCUCUCAAACUUAAUCCAAAUAAUUCUACUGCUAUGCUGAGGAAAGGGAUCUGUGAAUACCAUGAAAAAAACUAUGUUGCUGCUCUAGAGACUUUUACAGAAGGACAGAAAUUAGAUGAUGCAGAUGUUAAUUUCAUUAUCUGGAUUAAAAGGUGUCAAGAAGCUCAAAAUGGAUCAGACUCUGAAGUGCAGACUCAUCAGUCAAAAAUCAAGUAUGACUGGUAUCAAACAGAAUCUCAAGUAAUCAUUACACUUAUGAUUAAAAAUGUUCAGAAAAAUGAUGUAAACGUGGAGUUUUCAGAAAAAGAGUUGUCUGCUUUGGUGAAACUUCCUUCUGGAGAGGAUUACAAUUUGAAACUGAGACUUCUUCAUCCUAUAAUACCAGAACAGAGCACAUUUAAAGUACUUUCAACAAAGAUUGAAAUAAAAAUGAAAAAGCCGGAAGCUGUGAGAUGGGAAAAGCUAGAGGGACAAGGAGAUGUGCCUAAACCAAAACAAUUCACAGCAGAUGUAAAGAACCUAUAUCCAUCAUCAUCCCAUUAUACAAGAAAUUGGGAUAAAUUGGUUGGCGAGAUCAAAGAAGAAGAAAAGAAUGAGAAGUUGGAGGGAGAUGCGGCUUUAAACAAACUGUUUCAGCAGAUCUAUUCAGAUGGUUCUGAUGAAGUGAAACGUGCCAUGAACAAAUCAUUUAUGGAAUCGGGUGGCACAGUUUUAAGUACCAAUUGGUCUGAUGUGGGUAAAAGGAAAGUUGAAAUCAAUCCUCCUGAUGAUAUGGAAUGGAAAAAGUACUAA